UCGCAAAGCGCUGUCAGCCUGUCACAAGCAUCAGAACACAACAAAAUCUACGUUCUUUUUGUUUGUUGUCGCGGCUAAAAAUCGGGAAAAAUUGUUUCAAAUUGUUGUCUGCAAAUAAUAAUUAUUGUUCGAAAGUGUUUCGCUUGCCUCCAUCGUUUUCGGGUGUGAGGAAUUGUAGGUUUCCUUCUACGGGGAGGAUACUGCCGGGCGAUAGUCGGAUCUGGAUGUUGAUCGGGAACUGCAUCCAGUAGUAAUGAAUCCGGUCAGUUUGUACAUCACAACCUCGCGGCUAGUGUUCCAAAGUGGCUGCGGUUCCGGAGCUGGUCCCGGUGGAGGAACGGAUGCCGGUGGCGGUGGUCCUAAUAAUGUCACCGGAGGAAACAGCAGUAGUAGUGCCUUUGCGGAUCUCAACCGUCUUUUGCCGUACUUGAGGAAGAGUUUGAGCUGUGCCGUUUGCUGCCGGCUUCUUAUGGAACCGCACACCCCGGCGGAACUCAACUGUCAGCAUCACGUCUGCCGGGGAUGCGUCGGCGAGCGGAAGAAGCUGAAGCCGUCCUGUGCGGCCUGCAAGGAUUACAAUCGGUACGUGGAGAACACCCAACUGCGGAUGUUGCUCCAGUGUUACAAAAGCAUUUGCGAGUACAUCAAGACUAAGCCGUUCUUCGGCGAAAUCCGGAAGCAGGCGACCGGAAAUGCUUCAGUAAACGGAAUCUCGGUGGUGACGAUGAUGGGCAGUGGCGGAGCGGCAUCGGGAAACAGCCAGCCAAUUAGUGUGCCGAGCAAUUUGUUCGAACUGAUUGAGGAGGGAGCGCAGUUCCAGGACAACUAUCGGUGUAGUUCCGGGCUGACCAAGUCGGCGUACUCGAUCCUGCCUUGCAUUUAUCCGGCACCACCGGUGACGGUAACCGGGCCUCCGUCCGCGGCGCCCUCAUCAGCGGGAAGCCAGCUACCGAGCCAGCAGGUGACCGCGCCCUCCAGCGGAAUCGGCGCCCAAGUGCAAGCCAAAGUCCACCAAACGACAACGACGAUCGGAGUCCCGACGGGGCCGAUCACCAUUGUCGAAAAACAACAGCAUCAUCAUCAGCAACAGCAGCAGCACCCCCACCAUCCGAAUCCGAACCGGCAGCAAAUUCAUCAGCAACAACCUCAGCACCAGCAGCACAAGGAAAUCAAGUUCCGUUCGGCACCGAUCAAAACCGUUUCCAAUGGAUCGACCAUGUACUCGGUGCUGUACGCGGGGAAUGGCAAUAAGAUCACGAUCAAAAGGAAAAUGGACCCACCGCACAUUCAACGGAAAGCCACCAUCCACACACUGGACAAGGAAGGCCAGAUCAAAUUGGCCAAAACGCUGGCAGACAACUCGGCUGCCAUGAGUGGGUUCAAGAUGCCCCAGACGACCGGACUGGCCACCAGUGGCGGAGGAGGAACCAUGGGAGGACAAGGCAACGUCACCGUAGUUAACGCCACCAAUGCCGGAGCGAUGAGCAAACAGACUGCCAAACAGUUGCUCAAACGGAGAGGGUGUCGGUGUGGAAAUGCCACGGCCACCCCCGGAAAGCUUACGUGCUGCGGCCAGCGAUGUCCCUGCUAUGUCGAUUCCAAGUCUUGCGUCGAUUGUAAGUGCCGAGGCUGUCGGAAUCCUCAUCGGGCUGAUGGCAUGAAGGUUCGUCCGCACAUUCCCGAGCUGCAGAAUCUGGAAAUCAAUCUCCACAAUCCGAACGAGGAGGAAGUCCUCACAACGGCCACCACGACUGUUUUAGCUCCUCAGCAGACGGUAAGCUCGAUGGGCACCAACAGUGGAACUCACAUAAACGUCCUUGGACAGACUUCGCUAGCCAGCACGAGUGUCGGUCAACAGCCGAAUGCCGGCCUGACGGCAGUUAGCACCGGAGCCAAAGGCCUAACGCAGAUCAGCCAUCUGCCCGGGGGCUCAACACUUAAAAUCACACCCACAUCGAUAGCCAACGUGCUGAACAGUACAAAUCAUCAAUUGAUCGGCGGUCCCGAUGGAAUGGAAAUGGUCCCGAGCGGGGGACUCCUGGACUCCAAUGGGUUCAGCUACAUAACGCAGGCCAGCUUGGAUACGGGGACAGGGGUCGGGGUGGCACCUACCGGACCUACCACCACGCAGUACAACGUUUCCAACGGAGGGACAAUUCACGUGGUCGGCAUCUACGCAACGCACCUCGGCGACGUGUCCAACAUGAUCCGGACGGACACCGGUCUGAACAGUCUGCUCACCCACAAACCGCCGGACGCCCUGCUGACGCAAAGCUCGCUGAACCCGUUGACUAUGUCCACCCCCUCCAGUUUGCUUGGGCACGCCCUGUUCAACCCCUCGACGACGGCCACAAUGUCAACGAGUGGCGGCGUGUCCAACAUCAUGAGCAGCAGUGCUGUUGGGGGAGUGCACAAUUCGGCCCACUCCGGACUGGAACUGGCCGGCAUUGGCGUAGGCGAUGGAACCGGAAUCGACAUCGGCGAUCAGUUGGACCUCACUGGAACGAAUCUGAUUACCAUCGACGGUACGCUGGAUGAUCGGUUGCAUGCGGACGAUGUCUAAGAAGCACUGGGCGCGUACCGGUCGGUGGUGUAAGUUGGUAACACGUUUUGCGACUACUACACUGUUUUAGACUUUUAGCCUUGGUUAGUUCAUAAUCGUAUAAUAUUUGUUUUGUUCGAGGAGCAGACCCUCGUUGCAAGCAGGGUCACGACUCUUCCAAUUGCUCCCGUUCAUCCACGAAUAAUGCAUUGAUUAUUGUCCCGUCCCAGGGACACCCCAGCUGAACCUACAAAUGUCAUUUCAUUCACUGUCAUCCACUUGUCCUUCGAAUUAUAGGAAUAUGUAAUGCUUUAUUAGGUUUCGCUCGCUAAUUUGUCGAUAUACUGUAAUAUUAUAAUUCUACGCGUAAAAGAAACACAAAAAAUGGUAGUUUGGUAGGCUUUUUUGUACUAUUACGAUUACUCUCAUACAUGUGUAACAAGCAGCAACAACAGGAAACAAUGAAACAAACGAGCAGUUCUAAGAUAUAGUUAUACCUAAGUAGCAAGCAAACCCAAGUCAAUCGUCGGUCGCCCACCGGAUCCACACCGGUGGGUGGGCAAGCUAAACGACGAAUGCAUUGCCAUCGCACGCAGAUGGCGUCUGUAGUAGUGAGAUGUUCGAUUUUAAGGAAUCCAAAACCCGCCCUUCCCAAGGAAAUUCCUCUUCAUAAACUUUGCCACGCUAUGAUCAAAGGGGGUUGUUAUGUAAAUUCCAUGUAGCUCAGAUUUUCGUUCUAGGGAAAGUUGCUUUUGAUCAUGAGAAACAAGCAAGCAAAUCCAAGUUAGAAUAUUGUAUCGUUUUGCAGUAUUCUAAUAUGGUUUUUUUUUUAGAAAUCGUCAUUUGAAGUUAGUCAUAAUUGCCCCAGGAAACUAAUGUACGAAAAACAAACGCAUUAUUUAUUGAAAUCUAAAACAAUACAUGAUGUGAACAGUUCAUGAUGAUGAUGGUGACAACUCUAGUGCGAUCACAAUAGGCUGGCUUAAUAAAAGUAGUAGGUUAAGAGGAACCAGCCGGCCGGCUCCAGAGGCAUGUUCCCCGCCAUAAUAUGUAUCACAACUAUUAUUCACAAAUGAGUCAGCGCGCUGAAUAUUUGCCAUGUGAUAGUUGAGUCGGCAGUGGCCAGUCAACGCUCUGACCGAUAUUGCAAUUCUGCUUUGACAUAUUUGUUAAAUACUUCGCUUUUUCCUUCAAGGUAGAAUAUUUUGCGGUUUUCAUUAGCCUGUUUCUUACGAUCAAAAGCAACUUCCUAAGAAAAUAAUCUGAGCUACAUAAAAGUGGCAAGAUAACCCCCUUUGAUCAUAGCAUGGCUUCGUUUUCCUAAUUGUUUCUUAUCUAACGAAGCUGCAGUUUAAGUUCCGCCAUCUUUGCGGAUGAACGCAAGUAGUAGGUUCUUUGUUUAACGACUUUUUUUUUCGAGCGAUUGAAUGGAUAGGGUACGGUGAAAGUGGGGGUGUAAAGAUCUAACCGAAAGAAGUGUGCUCCAUUCAAGAAUAACUUCUAUUAACGGAUAACCUACUGAUUUAGCAUCAACUUGUGGACCCUUGGGUUUGAAAGUAUGUUCGUACAGCGUGAGUGAAUGGUAAAUGCAGUAUAUAUUUCAAUAAACUAUUUUUUGUCAAUGUA